AUGCAUUCUCACUCAUUUGCAGUGGCCUCCGCCCUUGUUGCCGGCGCGAUGGCGCAGUCAAGCUCCGUCACCAGCAUGUUUCUGUACGGCUAUGAGGGCGAGAACAUCGUCGCCUCCGUCAUAUCUGCCGCACCUGACGCCACGUCGUAUUACGUCAACUGCGCACCUGGUACCGAUGGCAGCGAUUGCGGAUUCGGACCUGGCGUCACUUUCGUCGAUGGCGGGUCAUCCGUUGGUCUCCACGUCACCGACGCCGAUGCUUUCACGAUGGACGCCGAAUGUCACAUCACGUCCGACUCGGCAGACUGUACUCAGACGGUUGCUGGUCCCGAGGCCAACAGCCCCGGUAUUAUGAUCGGCGCGUUCAGCGGCAUUUCGGACACCUUCCUGCCGGUGACAAUUACGGCCGGUCUGGAGAAGAUCACGGCGGCUGAAACCGCCACGGCCACUGGCUCUUCCGCCACCUCUGGCACGGCCGAGCCGACUGGGUCUGCGGCAUCCGGGCCCUCAGAGACAGGCGCCUCUGCCUCGUCGUCCGCGACUGGCACUGGGGCUUCCGGCUCCGCUGCUACGUCCACCUCGGCCUCAAACUCCACGGAGAGCAACGGUGCUGUGGCUGGGGCAGGCCAGAACCUCGUGCUUGCUGGGCUCUCUGGCAUCGUUGGACUCGUGAUGGCAUUGUAG